UGCAUACAUUUCUCAUAACUUUUGUCCAUUCCAUAGCAAUAGUUUUGAAAAAUAAAUGAUUUGUACAACCAUAACAGUAACAGGCUUAUUUUUUGUUUUGUUUUUGUUUUGCUCAUAUCAUAUAUAAAGAUACCAAAAUGUUAAUAUUAGUCAUUCUGGUGGCAUAGAUUUGACUGCUUACCUGCAGGAUUGCAGUAUUAUUCAGAUUCGACGGUUAUAAUUUCUCAUUGUUUCCCGUUUUAUGUAUAUCAAUUUUCUGAGUGCUAAUGUUUGAAGAGAUCACACCAAGGAUCUCAUACUGAGGCUCAUGGAAGUUAUGUUUUGUUUAUAUAUUAGAAACCUGAUGGUUGUCUGAUGAGAUAGAUUUUGCACUGGUCAUAUAUUUGUGGAUCCAUAGGAUGUUAUCCAAUGGUCUGGUUUUGAAAACUUCAGUUCUGCAGUUGGUGUUGUUUUGUACUUCUGUACUUUAAACCAUGGUACAUAUACAAUUUCAGAAAUUGGCCAUUUCAAUUUAUCUCCUAUCUAAAUUACUGAUGAAACAUAUAUUGUCAGGUUGUGUUUAAGAAUGAAUGGCCACGCUGAUUCUGCUGGUGACAUAAUUAUUCUUGGAAUUAUCCCACAUGAGUUCCUAUUUUGUUAUGAUUGCCUUCCAUAGAUAGGUCUACCUAUUCCACCAUAUCAAUCAAUAAAUACUUGAUUUCCCAAAUCAUUAUUGAUUGAUUCCAUUAUUGAAUCAAAUGCAUUUAGCUCUUCGGAGUUAAGAUGACCAAUGAUCCUCUAGUGCUCUUAUUUUUUUUCCUCUUUGUUGUAUCUCGGCUCUUCAUUAAGCAAUCUGUUUCCAAAUACCUUUAUCUCUGAAGAAUUGGGAAGUUCUAUUCCUUCUGUGAAGCUAUGAGGCAACCUUUCAUUAAGUGUUUUUCCAGCUUGUCUCAUGACCUUCUCUAUUUCUUCUGUGAAGAUAUGAGGCAAAGUCAGGAGAGUUCAAGAGUUUUCUCUGUUUGUACUCCAUGUUACUUCCCAGCAUGAUUCCCACAAUAGUUGGCAUAGGAUGGUUUUGAGAAGUUAUCUUAGAUUGUUUACAGUCGCCCAAAUUCAUGCCUCAUUGAUGGAGUCAAGCCACUCUUUUUCGUCAUCAAGAAAUCCUAGUGCUUCACAAGCUGCUUUGUAUGAGGUGUAGACAAUUCCAUUUAGAGUUCUUAUGUCUUCAAAAGAUGUGCAUCCUCUGACAACGUUAAGUAACAUACACAUGUAACAUUAUUCGUGUCUUGUUGGAUGGGCCUAAUAUAUCCUUCAAACUGAUAUUCCUUUCUUUCUUUUGGUCCAGUGUGUCUGUAUGGCUUCUUCACACAUCCUUUUUUUCCUCUUCAUCCACUGUGGAAAGGCAGCCUUUCAAUUCAGGGAUCUCGGACGUGCAUCUCGAACUGGAAUAUUCUCCAUCAUGUGUCGUUUCCAGAUAAACGUUGGAAUCGUCACCGGCUGGCUGCAGUUCAGGUACAACUAUACUUACGGAGACAUAGAUGAUUCGAUUGAAUCGAUCACGCAUCUGCCGAUGCUGCAAGUUGCUGCUGAUGCUGAUGCUGGAGUACAUGAUGACGACCAUCAGUGUCUUUGCCCAUGGCCUCGGUGCAGAUUUCAGGUCGAUCCUUGGCUCGGCGCCUCCUCCUUCUUGAACGCCUUCUCCACGGUCAGCCCCUCCCUGCAUUAUCUGAUUAAACGGGGAUAUGAUGAAACCUUCAUAGAUUGCAAUACUAUACCAAUCUGUCGUGUCCAUCAGGACCAGCUAUCUUCCCUUGAGCACUAUUGGAUAGCUUUCCCAUUAGUUUCUGUGUUGAUUUCUAUGUGUAUGAAGCAAAACUUUCGGUGUCAGUCCAGCUGUGCUUCCACAAAACUGGGAGACAAUCAUAUGAUCGAGAGACAUACCUGCACCUAGAUCAUGUGUGUGUCAGUGCUUGUGCGCUCUUCUCCUUACAUAUAUCACACGUUGAGGGCUUUGCAUGAUGCAUACAUCGGGAUGUAUGUGCCAGAUGAGAAUUUCUAUGCUGGCAAAUCGGCAUCUCAUAUCAAUCGGAUGUCUCGACGUUGGCCGUGUGCCCACGGGGAAGUGGCCCUUGCCCAAGCUUUCAUGGCCCUGGGUAGCUGGCUGACGAUGGGGCAGUGAAUCACUUCUUCAGAUCCCAGACGAUAUGAUCGACAACUGACCUAGGGAUCCAUGGCUACGUUUUUUUAUGGUAUCCAUGGCUACGUUGAAAAGAGGGGCUGCUGGACUUUUUAAUGUUUGACGAAACGUUUUUUACAGGGAAAGAUUAAAAGGCUUACUUUAUGUAUGGCAAAGGUGGGUAAUUUUAUGGAACUUUAUUAUCCGAAUUUCUAUUAUCAAGAUCGGUUGGUUGUGGUUUAUUGACCUAUCUAAUUAGACGGCCAGAUGUUUCUGAUUA